AUGCGAGUGCUAGGUUUCUUAACUUUGGUUGCAUGUUUAACGUUGGCACAUUCAGCCAAGAAAUAUUACAUCUAUAAAAUAUACAAUCUUAACUGGUAUGCAGCAUUCCAAGAUUGUUUGUCUCGGAACUUACAGCUGGCUACAAUCACUUCGGAUGAAGAACAACGUAGUCUUGAUAUUGUAAUUAAAAGAGUAGAUGCUAUAAACGAUAUGUUGUGGACAUCCGGCACUGAUCAAGGCGAAAAGGGAAACUUUUUCUGGAUGAGCACAGGCAGACAUUUUAAUUACACCAAAUGGUCCAAAUCACAACCAGAUAAUUUCGGAGGAAUCGAAAAUUGUGUGCACACAUGGAACAUUGAUGGUGUGACUCAAUGGAACGACGGGGGAUGUGAUAUUACAUUUGUGAAGAUAAACCCAAAACCAAAUGUGUUUUCAAUCUGA